AUGCCUGCUACCUUCGUUUGCGUGUCCUAUGUUUAUGCCAAGGACACGCAGGUCUCCCGCCCGCGCACCACCUUCAACAGCCCCGAGGUUUGGUUUGCCUCCGACGAUGCGACUGAAGAAGCGGAAGAUGCGGAUUGUACUUCCCUCGUGUCUGCAGAGGCGACUCCGCGGAAUGACGCAGAGGAGGCAACGUCGGAUGAGGACUCGGAAGACGAUGCCGACGAUGAUGACGAGGACAGUUCUGACUCGCCAAGGCCCAGGACGCCUGGCCCAGUAGAUGGUCAGGAUCUGAACAUUGGCUCCCGAGGACAUAAUCUGCGCUUGUGCAAGCCUUGCGCUUUUUGGAACACCAAGGGCUGCAAAGAUGGAGUGGACUGCAAGUUCUGCCACCUCUGCGAGCCCGGUGAGAAGAAACGGCGGAAGAAGGAAAAGAGUGCCUACAUCCGAAACAUCUCUCGCUGGCGUCAAGGAACCACCUACAAGGGUUUUUGCCGACAACAAUCCCACUCAUCAGCAGGACCCACGCCGGCAAGUGAAGCGUGA